AUGAUGCCAGUCAACUUAUGGUUUAGCACAUAUGCACAAUUGCUUUUCAUUAACUUAAUUUUUGCCGAAAAGGUCCAGUUUGACUUCCCAACCAUAGAGAUUUAUGGGAACAAGUUUUUCAACAGCCGUACUAGCAACCAGUUUUUCAUGAAGGGUAUUGCAUAUCAGCCAAGGAGAGACGAUCAUGAAAUGGAAGUGAAUCAGAGAAAUGACGUUUUUGAAACUAAAUAUAUAGACCCUUUGGCAGAACCCUCCAUUUGUCUGCGGGACCUGCCAUAUUUGAACAAGUUGGGUGUUAACACCAUAAGAGUUUACUCUAUUGAUCCAACCAAAAGUCAUGACGUCUGCAUGGAGGCUUUAAAGAAGGAAAAUAUAUACGUGUUGAUUGAUUUAUCGGAGCCCGACGUUUCGAUCAUAAGAGACAAUCCCGUUUGGAGUGUCGAAAUAUGGAAAAGGUAUAAAGAUGUUGUUGAUUCGAUGGAACAAUACCCAAAUGUUUUGGGAUUUUUCGCUGGAAAUGAGGUUACAAAUGACAAUACAAACACAGAUGCUUCCCCAUUUGUAAAGGCUGCAAUAAGGGACCUCAAAAAAUAUAUGGAGGAGCAAAAAUACCGUGCCAUUCCAGUGGGAUACUCAACAAAUGAUGAUGUUGACACAAGAAUGUCAUUGGCCCAGUAUUAUGUCUGUGGGGAUGUGACUGCUGACUUUUACGGUAUAAACAUGUACGAAUGGUGUGGCUAUUCUUCAUUUGGAACCAGUGGCUACAAAGAGCGGACUGAGGAAUUUGAGAACUACCCAGUUCCUGUGUUUUUCUCUGAAUUUGGAUGCAAUUUAGUAAGACCACGACCAUUUACAGAAGUUGGUGCCCUAUUUGGACCAAAAAUGUCAAAAGUAUGGUCUGGUGGACUGGUAUAUAUGUUUUUCGAGGAGGAAAAUGGGUAUGGUGUUGUGAGUAUAGAUGAACAGACUGGCGAAGUGGUUGAAUUGCCGGAUUUUGAAAAUCUUCGUCGGGAAUACAGUAAGGUUAAGGUCAGUGGCAUUAAAAAAGAGGAGUUUGAUGGCACUUUUGGUAGAACAAUUGCACACAAGAAUAUCAAUUGCCCUGCCAAAACUUCAAACUGGAAAGCUAAUUCACAACUACCUCAUACUCCAAAUGACGCACAAUGCCAAUGUUUGGACGUUGUUCUUCCUUGUCUGGUAGAGGCAUUUGAUGACGAUGAAAAAUAUAAAACUUACUUCGAUUACGUUUGUGACAAGGUGGAUUGUUCUGAUAUUACUGCCAAUGGUGAAAAGGGAGACUAUGGAGAAUUUUCAGAAUGUUCUGCUACCCAAAAGCUUGCACUCCAAAUUUCCAAGCUGUAUAUGAAGGAAGGAACUGGGACCAAAAUAUGUCCCCUCGACGAUCCAAACGUAUAUUUUAAUGAUGGAGUGAACCAAAAGAAAGAGAAGCAAUGCGGAACUAUUUAUGAUAAGGUCAAAAACAAGUCUCUGCUGGGUAAAAAAGCUCCUUUGAAAACCAAGACUGGAAAGAAACUUCAUUCCCUUGAGGGGUCUGUAAAAAACAAUAUGGCUGUUUCGGAUAUCUCUUCCUGUAAGAGUUAUAUAAUAUAUAUCGUUGUGCUUCUAGCUACAAGCUUAAUUUAG